AUGUGCCUGUGGGCACUCAGCAGCCAGCUGAGCUUUGUGAACUCGCCCGUCGCGAAUCGCGAGGUCAAUGUGGCUGCAGCUGCGGCGGUGCAGUACGAAACGGAUAUGCCUGCUGAAAACGGCGUCUACCCCGUGGGCAACGCCAAGCGAACUGCGCCCUAUGGCGAGCGUGACCCCCUGCCGGAGGGUUACGGCAUCCGCACUGGCCUGUCGGACUUGCUGAAGCCCCUGAAUGCCGAGGCAGGCGUUGUUGCGAAGGAGGACAGCAUCCCGACCGUCUUGGCAACUUGCCUCGCAAUCACCAUCCAUUGCAUUUCUGAAGUGUUGUUUCAGUUGCCUGAUGUCAUGGUCACUGGCAUUGUCAUGCUUUUUCUGUUCUACUUGCUGCUGUUGCUCCUCGACAACCAGUCCGUUCUGCUGCCGCCGGAGGAUGAGUUCGACGAGUACGUGCAGAACUUCCUCCCCUACUUCUUCUUCGGUGAGAAGUGA